AUGAACAUUAUAGAUGAAAAACGAGGUUUCCGUAUUAGUGAGCAGCAACGUAUGGCGUUAAUCAGCAAUAUGGCUGAUCAUCCACAAUUAGUGAAAUGGGUUACCGAACUUAUGAAUGCAUCAAAAGUAACCUGGUCAAUAACAAGAACUAUUAGAACACCGCCUAAUAAAGCCAGAAAGCAUACUUUCAAACGAAUAUACCAGUGUCAUUUUAAUACCGACUAUCGGUCUCCAUCUGGUUCUCCAAAAAAGAAACAUGCUUCGAGGAAUAUCAUGUGUCCUGCCAUGUUAACAAUUAUUUUGGUUUACAUAACCAAAAAUAAAUCAAGAUCCAAAACACCUGAUGUUCUAGCAGAAGAUUGGCCUUGUAUAAUACAGUUUUCGGGAGAACACAAUCAUAAUAUUUUUAGCGCUACUACCCUUAUCCGACGUCCUAUAGGUGAAAGCACUAAACAAGAAAUACUAGAAUAUUUUGGAAGGGGUCACUCGGUGUCUUCAGCGUAUCAUAGCUUCUGCUUUAAAAAAAUGGAUGAAUGGGGAGAAGAAUACAAUACGUUAUCAGCUGAUCGUCAUUAUUUUCGCAAUAAAACAGAUUUCCAAAAUUUAUGGAUAAAACAUUUCAAACAUAAUUAUGGUGAGAGAAAAGGUUCAGAAAUGUUCAGUAAGUUGAAAGAAAAUUUGACCAACAAUAAAGUGUCCUUCAAAGUAUGUCACAUCGACGAUCAUUAUGUAAACAACGUUAUUAAUACUUUGACAAACGAAAACAAAACUUUAUUUUUCAAAAUCGCCACUGGAUCGGAACCUCCCAAGGAACUUUUUAUGUCAUUGAAGAUACCUAGUAAAAAUUUAGACCAAGAAGAGUCAAUCGUACCCGCUACAAAACAAUUACGUGAAAGCGAGCAGUCGACUUCGCAAGAAAAUAAUAAUGAAAUUAUGGAUUAUAAUCCCACAAUUCGUGAGGAAGCUGAAAGUUCGAACGACAAUAUAUUAGCUAUAGAAACUACAUGGACAGAUUUUAUAAAAAACCUUAACGAAAAAGUUAUAACAGGAUUAAAAGAUGAUCCCCUAGGGUUUACACGAGCAACUCAGUCUUGUGUAACAUCUUAUCAAAAAAACAUUAAUUCCAGUUCCAGUUUGCUAAGAAGCCUACAUAUCUUAUUUAAAUCGAAUGACCAACGUUAUACCUCAAAGCGACUCUACACAAAUACAACUAGAAAAGGUAAGAAAAUAGGAGUUCAGCCGACAUCAGUUGCAAGGCGCAAAACUGUUAUAACUGGUAGGAGAAAACUACAAUCUGGUAGACAAACAGGAAGCUUAAUUAAGAAAAAACGAAAAGCUGUACAUUCACUAUCAGAAUACGUAGAAAAAAACGUAAGCUUGGGGGAUAACAAAUUUGUGAAAUGA